AUGACCACCGAGUCUGGGGAUAGCAGCAGCGUGGGUGCCCCACCAUCGAUCCAGACGGCCGAGCACGACGUCCGCUCGAGACCCGUCGAAGAGGAGGAUGCGGCGUAUGAAGUUGAUGAUAUAGCAGACAACAAGCCGCGGAAGAAACGGAAGGUGAUCAAGGAAAGCGACAAGAAGUAUCAUUGUCCGCAUGAAGAGUGCGGGAAAGCAUACUCCAGAGCGGAGCAUCUGUACCGCCAUCAAUUGAACCACACACCUAAGCAGAUAUAUCGGUGCGAUUUUCCAGGGUGCGAGCGACACUUCGUUCGAGCUGAUCUUUGCGCCCGCCACAAGGAGCGCCACACCGCGAAGGGAUCGCACCUUCAACGAAAGGAUGCCUUCCUCAACAGUCAAAGGCACUCUGUGUCUGCCAACAUCUCUACAAAUGCUUCGCCGCCAUCUAGCAGCGCCACUGUGGAGGCAUCACCGCUUCAGACAUCCCAUCAUGUACUCCCCAUUACACGCUAUGGCCCUGACGAGUCUUAUCCACGACCAGCAUUGCAAACACAGGGUUUCGGAAACCAUCAGAGUAUGCCAUUACACCCAAUGCCACCGCCACAGUUCACUUCGCCUUCUGCGGUGGAUGUGUACCCGCAGAGCCUGUAUCCGCCACCGAAUGUAUCAGCCCAGCAACUCCGGGCGCCGACAAACUUCACGUCGCUCCCAUCGCUGCCACCAUUCGGCUUCCCGCAGGCAUUCACUCCGUCACAGCCUAGCAGUGCACGAUCUGGCAGCAUACUAUCACCGCCCGGGUUCAGCUCUUCCGAACAACAACCGGUACCCAACAGUAGAUCGAAUAGUAUCGCAGACUUCAACGCCAUCGAGCAAAUGUCUUCCGGGUUCACCAUGCCUGUGUUUGGAGGCGAUGGGUUCAAUCGCUCACCGACGUCUAUCUUCGACGACAACUUCUUGAACUCGCUGUUCAACCCUGACGGAACGCCGAAACAGUCGCCCAAACCUGGUGAUCCGUGGUCCGAAGCUUCUCGGUAUCACGGACUCGACAUUGAGAUGCGUGAGAGCGCCAUCAGCGAGAAGACCAAGAACCGGCUCGCAGAGCUAGUUCGCAGCUGGCAAGAAAUCUCUCACAAUUGCUGCCUAGGCAGGAAGACGAAGGAGGAGAUCUUAAUGGGCGACUCGGACGACAAACAGCAUGUCAUGAGUGUGCACAUGCUCAAAACGUACAUUACCAGUUACUGGGUUCACAUACACCAGCAAAUGCCGAUUUUGCACCGACCAACGUUCAAUCCCGAGACGUGUCCCGACCUGCUCUUGCUUGCAAUGAUGUGCUUGGGUGCUGUGUGCCUGGAACGUACACACACGUACCAGCAGACGCAGAACUGUGCAGAGCUGUCUUUCUUCAUGGCCUACCACAUUCGCUGGGAAGUGUUCAAAGACGCCGAGUUCAGGCCCACGGCAAAGUUGUGGACGUUUCAGACGAUGCUCUUACUCGAGCUGUUUGAGAAGAUGUUCAGCACCAUAGCUUUGCACGAACGAGCUCACAUCCAUCAUGCAACCACGCUUACUGUGAUGCGUAGAGGGUCGUCCCUUAUCGGUCGAAGCGCGACAGAGGUACCGCACAGUCACGAUGACCCCACAAGGACACCGCCAGGUCCGGAUGGCUCCAUCAACACGAGCGGACAGAACACGCCGGAUGCCUUCUGGAACAGGUGGAUCACGGCAGAAGCGACGCGAAGGGUGGCCUUUGCAGCGUUCAUUAUCGACUCCACUCACGCGACGCUAUUCGGACACUCUGCCGCAAUGUCGCCGCAUGACCUCCGCUUACCGCUACCGUGCGACGAAGCGUUGUGGUCUGCAACAAGCAGCGCUGAGGUGCAAAGGGUAGAAGCGAGUCUUGCAGCCAAUGGCUUCAAGCCUACGACCUUCUUGGAAGGGCUCAAGCGCUCGCUCAAUGGGCAGAAGGUGCGCACGAAUACAUUUGGUCGCGUGGUCAUCAUGAGCGGCUUGCUCAACGUGACUUGGCACAUGAACCAGCGUGAUCUGCAAGUCUCUUCGCUUGGAGCAACGAACACGCUCGGCAAUCAGAUCAAAUGGCGGAGCGCGCUCACUCGAGCCUUCGAUUUCUGGCGUAGGGACUUCGAUGAGAGCCUAUCAAAGAAUGAGCACUGGCUGCAAGUGUGCAACAACACAAAGGCGAACGAUCGGUCAAGCAAUGACCACCGAGACAACGUUUUCGAAGCCCGAACUUGUCUGCACAGUCUCGCACACAUGGCGAUGCAUGUGGACAUCGUAGACUGUCUCGUCUUCGCAGGUUCCGAGCGCGUUCUCGGCAGGAUUGUCACGGACGCGGACCGCGCUGCUGUGCAACAGCGGAUGCGCACGCAGUGGGCCCCGAGCGCUCGCGCGCGAGAUGCCACGUUUUAUGCGCUACGGUUCUUGUGUGAGGUGCUCGUGCCGGAAGAGGAGUUGAGCCCGAAGCGACUUCACCCGCAUCAGCCACCGACGUUCACAUACAGCGCACGCGAUGACUACCUGCUGAACCGACCGUGGGUGAUGUACUUCGCUCUGUUGAUCAUUUGGUCCUACGGCUACGCGCUUGAUGGUCCGAUUCGGCCGUCAAACUAUACGCUUACAACGCGCGAGCUGCAGAUCUUCGAUAUGCAACGCUAUUUGGCGCGCGUGGGCGGCGUUGGGAGUCCCGAUGACCUCGAGAAGCUCAAAGACCGCAACUCGUGUCUUGGACUGCUGUUGCUGUUGCGCGAGAGCUUCCAGCAACCUCGCUGGGAGUUGCUGCAAGAAGCAUGGGGUGUUUUGAAUUCUUGCGUUGAGCUGCUGAUACCCGGUCAUAGCGAGCUGGCAAGCAAGCACUUGCAGGCCGCUUGA